UCCUGGAUGCGAAAGAUGAACUGGGAAGCUGGUCGAUAUCUGGGUGUUCGAAGGUAUGGUUACUCUGUUGAUGACAGCGGUACCCCACAAGACAAACAUGUAGGACAUUUCAAGUCGGAUUGUUUGGCCUCAGGACAUUUGAUACGUUUUGGUUUUUUGACUCUUAACUAUUGUUGAUUUGCAUUUCCCAGUGUUUUUCCUGGACCAUCCUAGGAUUUGACACAGCAAGCCUAGCCCAUCCAAAACCCAUAGCAUCAACUCAGAGUUGCAUCCAGGGAGUCUUGCUCUUUGCGCUGUUGUUGAAGUGUCACGCCUUGAAAGACUUGUGGUCGAUCUGCCUGCAGCUUAGUCAGAUCGCAACAUGUUCCCCAAGUGAGAUACAGCAAAAAAUGAAUUAUAUACAAAAGAAAAACAUAACAAAUACAUAUUUGUUAUUCACUUUUUAAGACGCGUUCUUUAAUAAUGUGUUUUCAACUUCAUGCGUCUUCAUGCUCAGCCAGGAGUCUGUUGAACUGCUGCUACACUCCUGGAUGCCUUGGCUUCUUCCUCAGCCCGGUGUUGGACGAAGACCGGGGAUUGAUCUUGGUCUUCAACGCCUCACAGUCUUGGGACGCCGAGCACAUGGUUUGGCUCGCGCGGCGGAACUUUUCCAAACCCAACAAGUUGGCCUGGGCCAGGGCCGCCGACUGGGCCUUGUUGUUGGAUGUGGCGCACUAUGUGCCGAGAAACCGCUGGCCAGUGCUGGUGGACAAUGUAGAUCGCCUUGCAGCUCAAGGUUUGAUUGUCACUUCGCCCUUUCCGGUCCUCGCGAAAUUGCAGCAACUCUUGGCGAAGCACUCCUUUGUUCGUGACAGGCAGACUGAAGACUUGCUACAGCCCUAUGCUAUGAUUCGCGGUCUGCGUGAGGAUCAACUGCUGCAGGUGUACAGGCGAGACACCGGGAGAUUUUCAGCUUCCUUUGCCUUCCCACCGCCUUUUCCAUGCACUUUGACCUUGGAGUCCGAAGUCUUCGAAGGGCGGUGUAUUCUGGGCAUCACGAUGGGGUGUUCCGACGAGGAAUACAUUUGGGUGAACGAUGCUUGCUACGGCUGGUUUCGCCGCGGCCAGAGUCAGGGAGCUUGUAUCAGUGAUGCCGGAUCCGUUCAACGCAGUCGAUGGGCCUACAAUGAGGUGAAGUCCCAGCAAUUUGUUGAGUGCUACUUGCCAGAGGUGCGUGAGACUCUUGAGGAGAAUGUCUCUGGGCGGACCAAUGGCAAAAUUUGAAUGUAUUUGACAUAGGGUUUGCAGAGAUCGUGAAGGCUCACGUUUGCAGACUUUCAAAACUGAAUACUUUUGCCUCUGAAAAACGG